GGACCUUCUCAAAAAUCUUACCUAAUAUAUUUUUAUAUCAAAUCUGGCAACUCUUAUUGUCAGUUUUGGAAAUGUACUUUUAUUAUUAUUCAUCAAAGCAGUACUACCGGCAAAAACUAUUAGCUUAUUAAUUUUCUCAUCAAGGUAUAUCGAAUCUUGAUAAGCAUCUCACUGGUAACUGGUGUUAAAAAUUUGCAGACUAAAAGGAAAAUUGUAUACAUCCGCGGUGCUGGAUGUCUAGUAAGUCUAAAGAUCCUUGUAAAGCUUCUGCCUGUCGCAUACAAACGUGCCUCAAAGAAAAUAAAUUCGACGAAACCAGAUGCUACGAUGUUCUAGAGGACAUGCGCCAGUGUUGUUUGAAGUGGCACAAAGUAUCGCUGUGUUGUUCAGGAAUAAAACUAGAUCGCGAUUAUAAGCUAGAAAAGAAUAUCGUUGAACGUGAGCGUAAGGAAAAAAGUCACCCCACACAGAAAUGA